AUGUUGAAUGAAAGAAAUAGUGAGCGACAGAUAUAUGAUAGAGAAAAGCUUUAAGAAUCACUUUUUAUUUAUACGUUUGACACAAUAAGCUAAAGAUUUUCUAAUAGAAAACUUAGUGUUUUGUUAUUAGAAAAGAGAUUAAUUCAUAUUUUAAGAAGGAGAUUAGGUAAAGAAGUUAUGUUAUUUUAUGCUUCUUCCAAUUUUAUUAUACAAAAAGGGCAAGCUUAGGUGAGUAUCAAUUAAAAAUAAGUUAAAGUAAUAUUAGAAGGAGAUUAUUUUGGUAAAAUUGCCUUAUUGUAUUGCUAACUUAUAAAUUAAUUUGUAAAAUCUUAUAGUUAAAAAUAAUCAUUAGUAUUUAAAUACAAAUAGAUUUAGCUGAUUGUAAUUUUUUGAUGCUUGACAGAGGAAAGUUUAGAAAGGCAGUUGAAGAUAUAAUGAUAAAGGAGUAUGAUGAAAAUAGAAAGUUUAUAAAUGAAGUAAAUUUUUUUUCUUUCUUACGCCUGAAUAAGAGAUUUAAAAAGCUAAGAUUCAAAAUUACAAUAAAGGGCAAGUAAUAUUUUAGAAAGAUUCAAAAUGUGAAUAAUUGA